GUAUCAUUCCCACCAUGAGACUCAUCUUUCAAGCAUGUUCAGUGAUGUUUACACUGGGUAACCUGGUGGCUCCUCAGUCACAAUCUCCUGCCCUUGUGACCAAAUUGACUGAACAACUUGGAGUGAAGCCAUUUUUCAUUGCACAUUCUACAAGAUCUCCAAAAACCUCUACCAACCAUUUGACAUAUGCAAGCACCUACUUUUCACCAGUUGGAAAGAUACCAUCAGCACCACAAUAAUCAAUUUCAAUAAUGAGAAGAUGCAGAUCACAUGGGCAGCAAAAGAACUAUUUCCUGGCAAGAAUGUGUCAUUUUCUUAUACAUUUGAUGAAGGCAAGCACAAAGUUUGGAAGCCAUGUCCCACCUAUUUAUUGGAUCAAAAUUAUAAUUCUGGAUGUCUUUUUAAGACAGAAGGACCCACCCUUGCCAUCUCUAUCAGGAACAGCAAUGGAAGUGAAGAGUUUUUUUCUAAAAGACUAAAAUCUGAUUUUUAUAUAAAGCCCAAUCGACCAGAAAAUGUGACCUUCUUCUGGAAAGAAGACACUGUUACUGUAAGCUGUAAUAAACCAGAGCGAGCUGUGAAGUGCUUGAGACUUGAGCUUCAAUACAAAAGCAAGUUUGACAAAGAGUGGCAAUCCAGAACUUCUAAGUGUUGCAGUGUUGGAGAUCAAGGAUUUGAUCCAAGAAAAUGCUAUUCUUUCCGAGUCAGACUGAAGAGGCUAGUACCGUACUGCAAUGUAGUUAAUUACAGCAGUGACUGGGAAGCAGAAACAUUUUGGAUGAAUGGCACAUUAUUAGAUUCAUGUGAUGAUGAUAUAAAACCUGAGUCAAAUACAGUAAUUGUUUUAAGCUGUUUGCUGGCAGUACUUCUAAUGAUGCUUAUCCUCCUGAUUCUUCUGUGUAAAUGGCAGAGGCUUCAGAAGUCAGUCAUGCCUGCUGUACCAGAUCCAAAACACAUAUUUGCUGAUCUCUUCAAUGAUCAUAACGGAAACUUCCAGGAAUGGAUAGACAAAACUGAUCAUGCAGUGGUGCAAACCAAGCUAGAAUAUGAAGAGCCAGAGAGCAUCAUUGAGGCAGAAAGCCAGCAAGAAGACGAAAAGAACAGUAACAAACAGGGGCCUCAGGAGAAAAUCUUCACUUUUUCAGGAGCAGCUGAAAGUAAUGACUCCAAAGCAGCUCAGAUUGCCUGCCUGAUGCCAAGAUCCAACACUAUAGCUUCUUUUGCUGACUUCCAGAUUUUAAUAAAUGAUGAUGUGUAUGUGAAGUUAUAAAAUCUGUAUAAUGCAGAAUUUAUUAGGAAAUAACAUAAAAGAUCUUGAAGAGUUUAGGGGAGUGGCUGAAUAGAAAAGAUUGUCAUGAGUAGACUUCCAUCAAGAAAGACACUAGGCUAUGUUAUCUGGUUGCCGUUACGAUCACUUGGGGUGGCUCAGUGCUGUUUGAAACAAAUCCCUGAUAAUUUAUACAGUUAGGGUUUAUUGUUCCAUUUGGGGUUUAUCUCUAAGACUAAACUGAGCUUCGUUUUCCUGCUAUGGGCAGAAGAAAACGAGCCUCUCCAUAAUACAUAUUCACAGAGCUGAGACUCAGUCCUUGCACUUUCGGAGUAUAUGGAGCAGUGCAAACUACACUGUUACUCAUCCCAAAUGAAGAAGGAAAAUAAAGAGAUUUUUCUGCCAACAGUAUCCCACAAAGACCAGACCAUAUACUGCUAAUGUUCACAGUGACAGGGUACUGCUUUGCAAGCCCUCCUUAGACUGAAGUGCUUGCUUUUGUAAGCUGCUUCUCCCACUAUAAAACUUCUUGCUGCACGGCACACACCAAAGGUUUUAUAAAGAGAAGGAAUAAGCCAAAUGCCUCACAACAGAAGAGUGGGAUGUACAGUACUGAGUCACAUUUUAUCCUGCAAGCAGUGCUGUGUAGGCAGCUUCCUCCAGAACAGCAGGGCUCCUUCACAGGCCUCAUCUGAGGUCAGGUCCUCAGUAUCUUAUAGUCCUUGCAUGACUAAGCAACUUUUAGAAAGCUGAGGUUUUUAUUUAACUGACACACUUAUUUCAGACUAUUUUUUAGUGUAAUCAACAGCUUUAGACCCAAAUUAGGACUUCUUAUUCACAUUGCAUAUACCAGCCUGUUGUUCUAAAACUAUGUUCUAAAAUUUUCUAAACAUACCAUCUAUUAAUAUAUGUUUAAUUUAAAAUUUAAAAUUCAAUUUUCUAUUCAAUUAGACCUCAGGAAAAAAAUCUUGACUAUUUGAGUUUCCCUGUAUCACUUACAUUACCUGUUAUUUGAAAGAAAAUUUUCUAAAAAAAAUUUUAGUGGUAAAAGCAUCUAUGAUAUGUGUAAGUUCUUGUAGACAUACUGUGAUUACAUGCUGAAUUAGCUUCAGUUACUUACCUGAAUAUCAGUCCGUUAUUAAAUGACUUUAACACUUGA